CAGUUGACAUUCCCACACCCGAACCCACCAAAUUCCUAAACCCCCUCGCCACCCCCAACCUCCAUUAUAGAACAACCGGUACGGCAGAACAACUGUCUGCCUUUACUUUUGUUGCUUUAUAAAGGGGCUGAAUAAUUUUCUGGGUUUUUCUUUGUUCAACGAAAAGGAAAAACCAUGGGUGAGAAUAAUCAGAUGAUAGAAGAAAAAGAUUACAUUCUUUUAAAGGAUUUCAAAGUGGAAAUCGAAGUUGAAGAAGGAAAGGGUUUUAUUCUCUGUUUCUGGGUUUAUAUGUUCAACCCCAAUGCAUUCCCGGCCACCAUUCUUAAACAGGUGUACUCAGAGACUAACUGUAGUGCUCCUUUACUUGUUCUUAACGAAAAGACUUUGAUGCUUUUGCCAUUGACUUGCUUACACAAUGAAGUCCCUGAUCCUGGAAAUGCUGCUUUGUCAACAGAAGUUCUGAAAGUGUCUACACAGAUUGAAUAUCCUCAGUACAAAUGGAUACAUGUUGCAUACGAGGUUUCUGCCGAUUUUUUGCGGCUUCACAUUAAUGCGGAGAUUGCAGGAGAGCUGCAGCUCUCUUCCUUGUUGAACAAAGGUUCCAUGCAAAAUGGCUUGAGGAAGACAACGGUAGUUGGUAUUACUGGUGGUAAUGAUUUUCAGGGUUAUAUCCAUGAUGCAAAAGUCUUGCCUUCAACUUUGUCUAUAAAGGAUCAGUAUGUUCAGAACCCACCUCUACAAUUGUCCAUUGAUGAAUCAUCUGCCUCUGAUAUUGAAGAAGACAAUGGCUUUUGGAAUAUCGUUGGUGGCAAGGCAUCUUGUCGCAGGAUUUUUUCCUUGGAUGUUGUUUUAUUAAAUGCCUUUGGCCAGCCAGUAAACAAGGAACUAGAGGUUGUUGCAUCACUUUUGUAUGCUCAUAAUCGAUCACCUGUAGAGAAGACAAAUGACGAAGAAGCUCCUCUUCUCGCUAGCUAUGAUGGAAUUGAAUUUUCCUCUUCUGAUAGACCUAGUAAACUGUUGAAUGGGAGGGCAUCCUUUAAGUUGAAGAUCUCCAAGCUCUCAUCCAAGAGUGAGAAUAGGCAGUUCUGCAUUAAAUUUGGGAUAUCAAAGUUCGAGGGUUAUCAUUUCCUUGAGGACUUCUCUCCUUCAAUUCGUUGUGUCUCUCGCAAUCGUACUCCAAGGACAUCUACUGGUAUUUGGAAAAAAACCACUGCUGUCCAUCCGCUCAAUGGAUCUCAAUCAUUUGGCUUAGAUGAUGCUUCUUUGGAACUUAAGCACAAUACUGUACAUGAAGCAAAACUCAGUCCAACAUCAAAGCGGGUUAGAUCAGGAGAAGCCAAGAUUUCUACGAUAGACCAACUUGGUGAAGAAUGCAACUCUCUUGCCUGGACUGCCAAUCAGGUUGAGAAUGGUUAUGGUUCAAGUAUGGAGGCGAGACCUGAGAAUUUUGAAGAAGUGGACAAUUCCCUGUCUGAUUCAGAGAGCACUGGGGCCAGAGCUUCAGCUUUAAAGAGUGUGUCAAGUACGGCACAUUCAGUUUCAGAUUUAACAAUUUUUAGGUACUGCUUGGGAGGCUUGACCGAUAGGUCUCUUUUGCUGAAGGAAAUUGCAACUAAUGCUUCAGAUGAAGAAAUUUCAGGAUUUGCAAGCCAAGUUUCCCUGUACUCGGGAUGUUCUCAUCAUAGGCAUCAAAUAAAAAUCACAAAGAGAUUGAUAGAGGAGGGAACAAAAGCCUGGAAUAUGUUAUCACAAAACAACAUCCAAGUUCAAUGGGAAAGUGCAGUUUUCGAAAUUGAAGAGCAAUUCAUGAAGAUUGCUCGCUGCAGUACUAGAUCUCUUACCCAACAGGACUUUGAGCUUCUGAGGAAAAUUGCCGGAUGCCGAGAUUUCAUGGCCCAAGAAAACUUUGAGAAGAUGUGGUGUUGGUUAUACCCUGUCGCUUUUACAUUAUCAAGUGACUGGAUAAAUGCACUGUGGAAUUCUACAUCACCGAAGUGGAUAGAAGGAUUUAUAACGAAGGAAGAAGCAGAACUCUCACUUCAAGGUCCAAGAGGUCUGCAGGAGCCUGGGACAUUUAUGCUUAGGUUUCCUACUUCAAGGAGUUGGCCCCACCCAGAUGCUGGUAGCUUAAUUGUGACAUAUGUUGGCAGUGAUUACACUCUUCACCACAGACUGCUUUCCCUUGAUAAUGUGUACAGCUCUGGGGUACGGGAAAUGAAUGCCAAAGUAAAACCACUUCAAGAUAUGCUAUUGGCAGAACCUGAGCUCUCUCGAUUAGGAAGGAUAAUAAGAAGUCACUGAUCUCAGGAUGUAGCAUUCCAUUUCUGCUUUUGGUUUGCGGUGACCAUUUGUGUGUUAUCCUGCCUCUGCCAUGCUGCUACUUCUUUCCUCCUUUUUAGGUUGCUCUUAGUCUCUCUCAUUUUCUCUGUAAUGUACUUAUGUAAAUAUAUAUGUAACAUCAGAAGUCGAGGCAGGGUCAUGUCUACUGUAAACAUGACAUUUUUCUGAUGAUGACAGAUUCUUUUGCAUACAGAUGCCAGAUUGGCGAAGAGAAAUUGUUUCUGACAAGCAUUUUUCUUGUCAAAUUGAUCACUUGUUGAUUGUUAAUGGCACGCAGAGCUGGUUAAUCGGUAG